UGACGUUAACUCGACUCCCUUUAAGACAUACGCGAGUCGCCGCACGCGACACAGGGAGGAGCUCUAGCCUCUCUGGAACCGGACCGACCGACCGACCGACUGGAUUUGAUAUCCACUGGCGGCACACCCGGCACCUGGGCGGAUUCACGAAGACCACCGAUGAUCGCGCUCAGGACGCUCGCGUGCAAGAGUACCGCCAGAUCACAGAGACUGGCUCAGGAUGAACGGCCAACUUCAGGAGUUUAAAAGUGUUGAUGGACCCUGAGGCACGCCUCUUUUCAUCCCAGGAGGAAGAGAGUUGUGUAUAGUAUAACUCCCGUUGCCCCGAUGGAACAUGACAUCCCGUGUGGUUCUGGUUCGGAGGAGGUUCGGUUUCAGGGCGAGCCCAGCCCAGACUUGGCCAGCUUGCUCCAGUUUAAAGUGUACCGAAGGAGAUGGUUCAUACUUCUGGUGCUCUGUCUUCUCAACUGCUCCAACGCGAUGCUGUGGCUGACCUUUGCCCCGGUAGCAGAUGAGUUCGCAAGGGUGCUGGACGUGUCUCUAGAUCAGAUUAACUGGCUCUCCCUGGUCUACAUGAUUGUGGCCAUCCCACUCAGCUUUGUCAGUACCUGGAUGCUCGAUACAUGGGGCCUGAGGCUUACGCUGAUCCUGGGUGCAUGGCUGAACAUGCUGGGGAGUGUGUUGCGUUUCGUUGGGGUUUUGCAUGUCAUGCCCCCCCCUAGACGGUUCCCCCUGGUGAUGGCUGGGCAGGUGGUGUGUGCCGUGGCCCAGCCUCUCGUCAUCUUCAGCCCCACCAAACUGGCCGGCGUCUGGUUUCCACAGCAACAGAGGGCCACCGCCAACAUGAUCGCCUCCAUGUCCAAUCCACUGGGAGUGCUGUUUGCCAACAUUCUGUCUCCUCUUAUUGCUGGCUCUUGGUUUGGUGACCUCUCCACUCUUCUCUUGGUGUAUGCGGUCCCUGCUACUGUUGUGUGUUUCCUAGCAACAGUGGGUAUCCGUGACAGCGCCCCCCCAACUCCACCCUCAGCCAGCGCUGAAACCUCCAACUCAGAACCCUUCCUCCAGGGCAUCAGACUGCUCCUGCGGAACAGAGCGUACCUGCUGCUGAUGAUAUGCUUUGGGUCAGCUGUGGCCAUCUUCACCUGCUUCUCUACCCUACUGGAGCAGAUCUUGUGUGUCAAAGAAUACACCAACGACUUUGCUGGUCUGUGUGGGGCCCUCUUCAUCCUGUGUGGGGUGGUAGGAGCGGCAGGUCUUGGUUUCUAUGUUGACCGAACCAGGAAGUUCACAGAGGUCACAAAGGUCAACAUGUGCCUGUCCUCCCUAGGCUGCACCGCCUUCGCUGUGUUUUCUCAGCUGCGGGGUCAGAAGGUGUUGGUGGCAGCUGUGUGUUCUCUGUUCGGUCUCUUUGGAUUCUCCGCCUACCCGGUUGCCAUGGAGCUCUCGGUUGAAUGCUCCUAUCCUGUGGGCGAAGCCACAUCAGCUGGCCUCAUCUUCAUCGCUGGGCAAGUGUUGUCUGUGGUGUAUAUGGUCAUACUGCAGGCUCUGACUAAACCACUGGCCGAUUCCCCCCGCUCUGUGUGUGCUGAAGGCGGGACCCUCAGCUGGAGAGUGCCUGUGCUGGUGAUGGCUGGGCUGUGGUGUUUGGGGACAUGUGUGUUUGUGUGUUUCUUUCACACAGAGUACAAACGACUGCGUGCAGAGGAAGAGGCAGGAGGGAAAACACACACCACACACAUAUCCACCAUUGCACAGACACUCGAUACCUCACACACACCCGAUACCACAGACAUACCGAAUCCCUCACACACAGCCAAUACCACACACACACUCGAUACCAGACAUAAUCCCUCAGACACACAGGUUAACUCACACACACUUAACCCCUCACACACACUCAACCCCUCACAUACAGCCAAUACCACACAUACAGCCAAUACCACACACACACUCGAUACCACUGACAGACCUAAUCCCUCAGACACACUCCACACAACACACAUAUCCUCCAUGUCACACAUGCUUAAUAUCUCAGGCACACUCGACCCACCCAACACACUGGCCUGAGGAGGCAGCAGUGUCCAGCGUCAGACAUGGACACACACAUACACACACACACACAGCGUCAGACAUGGAGCGUGACGACACACUGGAGUUACUGGAGUCAUAUUAUUAAGUGAAAUGACAGAGAUUUACGCACAAACAGAAACUUGCCAAAAACCUGGACAUGCUGUGUUAACAGAUAUAUGCAGUUAUCUCAAGCAACCGGGAUAAUGUCAGUACACACAAACACACAUGCUUGUCCGAAGCCGUGCCAAUAUCCUUAAUACACGCACAGCAGCAGAAAUAAGGUCACGUCAUGUCUUCUGUCCGAACGUCACACAUACUGUUAUAGGAGAACCGUGCUACUGACAUGACUCCCAGACCAAACCAGUGUGGUACUGUUAAACGGUUUUCUGUUGAACUUUUAUACUUACAUACCCUUUAACUUUUGCUACAUUGUAUUUGAUUACAUUUUUCUGGUGUUUUUUUUUAUUUUGUAAGGAUCUUGAUUUUGAUAUGAAGGUACUUUCCCACUGACCCAAUGAAGUGAUUAGCCUGUGAUUGGAUGUGUUUUUAUAUAUAUAUUUAUAUAUGUAUAUUACUGACCUAUUAACUAGUUUCAUAGUAAUAUCCGAAUGUUGCUGAUAUAUUAACAGGUUUUCGUUACGCAAGACAUCAGUGCAAUUUUACUUGUUUUUUUUUGUUUCAUUUUUUUGUACUGGGUUUGUUCUGAUUGGCAUUUCUCUAGACGCUUUUAGAGAAUGGACAGUUUUGUGAAUAAAUUCUUUACGACUUG